AUGAAGAAUAAUAAGCACCAAGAACGUUCCUGUGCAACAGCCAAACUCUUCAGUGCUCAACCACAUAUGCUUAACUUCUUUCAUGUCCUUGUAUUUACUAUUGGUUUUUUCAUUGGAAUCACCAUCACUUUCUAUUUCAAAGACUUGUCUCUCAACUUUCAAUUCCAGCAAGUUCUCCACCCAUCUUUCUCUCCUUCUGUUCUCAUCUCAACGUCAAAUAAUCAUACGAAAGUCACCAACUUCACCCAAAAUGGGUUAAGGGGUUUCUUAAGACCAACCAAGGCUAUGCACGAUAUGACUGAAGAAGAGUUGCUGUGGAGAGCUUCUAUGGUUCCUAGGAUUCAGAAACUCCCAUUCAAACACACCCCAAAGGUUGCAUUUAUGUUUUUGACAAAAGGACCUGUGUUUUUGGCUCCUCUAUGGGAGAGAUUCUUCAAAGGAAAUGAAGGGUUAUAUUCUAUCUAUAUCCAUUCACACCCUUCUUUCAAUCAAACAGUGCCUACAAAUUCUGUCUUUCAUGGCCGCAGAAUCCCAAGCAAGGAGGUAAGAUGGGGUGACUUCAACAUGAUAGGGGCAGAGAGGCGUCUCCUAGCAAAUGCACUUCUUGACUUUUCAAACCAACGUUUUGUUCUACUCUCAGAAUCAUGCAUUCCCUUGUUCAACUUCUCAACUAUCUAUAAUUACCUUAUGAACUCAACCAAGACCUUUAUAGAAGCCUAUGAUAUGCCAGGCUCAGUGGGUAGAGGGAGGUACAGCCCAAGGAUGAGGCCACAAGUUAAGCUUUCUCAGUGGAGGAAGGGCUCACAAUGGUUUCAAAUAGACCGUGCCCUUGCCAUUGAGAUAGUCUCUGAUCAACAAUACUUCCCAGUGUUUAAGAAGUAUUGCAGGAAUGGAUGUUAUGGUGAUGAACACUACUUGCCCACUUUGGUUAGUAUCAAAUUUUGGCAGAGGAACUCCAAUAGAACUUUGACAUGGGUUGAUUGGUCAAGGGGUGGACCCCAUCCAUCCAGGUUUAUGAGAACGGAUGUGACUGUUGAAUUUUUGAAUAGGCUAAGGUAUGGGAGAAAAUGUCAAUACAAUGGCAAGAGCACCAAUGUUUGUCAUUUGUUUGCAAGAAAGUUCAUGCCCCAGGCUUUAGAUAGAUUGUUGAGGUUUGCUCCACGGAUAAUGCAAUUCAAUUGA